AUGACUGUGCCUACCCUUAUGCUAUACGCCCUGUAUUCAGAGAUUGUGAUUACUUCUCUUCUUGGAGUUUUCCUGGCUGCAGCUCUUGCUAACAGGAACGGCAAGAAAAAUUUUAAGGGGCACCAUGAUGAAAACUCACAUCACUCUUUCACCGACACCAGGGUCGGCAGCGACUCAACAGAGGGCUCUGAGGCCUGGAAAUCUGUCUGGGACAUCAAGACUGGCUACGUUGCAACCAAGGUAUUUUCAAAAAACACCUGCAUCAUUGCUAAAAUGGCCAAGAGGUUUUUACUUGAUAAACGGUUUCCUGCACCGCCUCAAGGACACAAGGGACCUCGUCCUCACCAACUUCCACCCAGAGAGAAUCGCUUUAUUAUCUCAAGAAACAGACUCCAAAGCUUGCACCCAUAUGGAAAACGCAUUCAAGCUCUUUGCAGAGGAAUUUCCUCUUACCUUGCUUACCCAGCUGCUGGAUCAAAUUUCCUAAAGGAAGACAUUUCAUGCUGGAAAAUUGUGACUACCGUCCUUCUUGGACUCCUGCUGACUCCAGCCCUUGCUGAUUAUUUUCAGAAUACUGACGUAAGCAAGCAAAUCACCGUUUCUGGAGGCUACCAAACUCUGACCAUCAAUAGGGAAUGGCGUGUGGCAAUUAUUGAGGAAAAGAGCAGCCGUGGGUCAUGGAAAACCAUUUGGAACUACGAUACGGGCUUCAUUGCAACCAAAGUGCUGUCAGAGAGAGCUUGCUUCAUUUCCGUAAUGAACAGAAAUGAGAUGCCUAGCUUUGAUACACUUCCCACUGUGGUUGAAGAAAGAACGGCAGGAUUACAGAACCUGAAAGGUCAAGGACAACCCACAAGGGAGAUCACAUUCGUCCUCAUCAAGAGACCUGUCCGUGACCUCCAGUCUUACGGACCAGACAUCUUUGCUAUGUGCAGAGGACUCGCAACCUAUGUGGCUUAUGAAGUUCACGGACCCCAAUACACAUCCUACAACCAAGGAUCAUGCCUUAGACUUGAUGUCCUGCAACUUGUGGACCUUAACUACUGUCGUGGCAAUAACAAGAUCUGA